AUGGCUGACAGGGGUCGUGGUGCAAAUAGGGGUGCCCGUGGAGCAUCGAGUUCUGGUAGAGGUCGACAUGUCCCGGCUCAACCGACUAUGGAUAAGCCAAAGCGCGAGGCGAUUCUAGACCUUUCAAAGUAUGCUAACGAGAGAAUAAGAGUGAAAUUCACAGGUGGACGAGAAGUAACCGGCGUCUUGAAGGGUUACGAUCAAUUAUUGAACCUCGUGCUUGAUGAGGUGCAGGAGGUGCUGCAAGAGGAUGCGGAGUCACACACCCGCUCUCUAGGAUUGGUCGUCCUACGUGGACCGACAAUCACGAUUCUCAGUCCAGUUGACGGGUCAGAAGAGAUUGCAAAUCCUUUCUUGGCCCAGGAGUAG